UACUAUAUACUUCCUGAAAGUUUGAUCAGCUCAGUCUGAUCAUUCUGAACAAGAGAAAGGCAGCUUCAUCACCAGGCAGGUCUGAGUUGAUUUCAACAUGCAGGGAAAUCCACGGCAAAAUCUGCCGUCACUUGUGAUCAACCUCUUUCAUGAGGCAUUUCAGAACAUCCCAGUCACCAUGUGUGUCCUGGCUUUAAACGUGUGUCUUUACAUGUUCCCAGCUGCUCCUUUUGGGGAGGUUUGUGUGAACCUCCAACAUGUUUACACGAAUAAAGAGUGGUGGCGCCUCUUCCUGGCCCCUCUGCACCAUCUUGGUUUAAGGCACCUUCUCUUAAACAUGACUUGUUUAUUCGUGGACGGCAACAGUCAUGAGCGGCGUAUGGGUGGAGGCUGGUUCUUUUACCUGCUGUGUGUCUUCUAUCUGCUCACAGGGCUGAUGCACCUGCUGCUGCAGGCGGGGCUGACUCAACUCAACAAUAUCUCUGGGCUGCUUGAGGGAUUGACAGGCGGGUGUUCUGCUGGCUUCUCAGGAGUCCUUUUUGCUCUGAUUGUGAUCAGCAUCACCUACCACUCCGGUGAUGUGGUCUACGUACAUACCGUUCCUGUGCCCAAAAGCUAUGCUAUCUGGGUCGUGUUUGUGGUGGUCCAUCAAUUUGAAAAAGAGGCCUCUCUGAUUGGCCACCUGGCAGGCAUCCUUGUGGGUCUGCUGUACACUAAGGGUCCACUGGAGACCAUCAUGAAGACAUGUGCAGGACGAGCCUGGCGUGGAGAUGUUUAACACCCCAUUGAGGAUGAGCUCAGGGAGAGGAGACUGAGGAGGUUUGGACAAGUCCCUGACCAAGACAGGAGGGGAUCGUAAUGACUGAGAAGACAUUGUUAUCAUUCUUACAUCAUUACCUCGUCAUUGUCAUGCCUUGUUUUCUUCUGGAUGUUGUUGGUAGUUUGUUUUUAUUUCUUUUUGUUUCAUAUUGACUUUCAUUCAUUUCUUUAUGGUGUGUUGAUGCUUCAUCAUGUGGAGAAACCGUACAAAGGACUUCUUGCUGGAUGUUUGCACUUCCCAGCUGCCGUAAAAAUGUGAUGCUACCAUGAACUCUCUCGGUGACUGCUUGGUUCUGUACACUAAAUAGAUAUAUCCCUCAGUUAGAGGACACAGGCCUUAAAUACUACUAUUAGUACAAAUACUACAGAUAAUGAGAAUAAAAAACAGCCUCAUUCCUUUAGUCGUACUUCAAGGACAAGAUUUGUAUGACUGUUAAAUUAUUUUAUUUUUGUAUUUUGCGUAUUAAUUUCUGUAUUGUACAUCCAAGUGUUUGCCAUUUUAUAAAAACAAUAAAUAAAUGUGUUAAAAAUAUAAAA